GGGAGUGAGUGAGUGCGAGAGCUGUGUGUGUGUGUUGCCUCCUGCAGCGAGAGAUGUGUGGUAGAGGCAUGUGGGAGGAGAGAUGAGUCUGGGUUUCCACACACCGCUCAUGAGCUGGCCAGAGGAUAUCCUGAGAUUUGGGGGGCCAGGCAACCUCUUUCUCUCUCUUUCUCUCUUUCUUUUUCUCUCAGUCUGUCUCUCUUUGUCUCUCUCUCUCUCUGUCGGACUUUGUUUAUACUGUGGGUACCUCAGAGAUCUCCACAGACAGACGCUUGCCCCUUUGCUGCUUCUCCUCAGCUGAAUGAAGCACUGAAAGGAAAGUGCAGUACCAGGGGCUAGGCAGGAUGAGCUCUGUGGGGGCGAUGCCUCCCACGCCACCCGAGCGCUCGCCGUCCCGAGACUCGCAGGACUCCAUGGAGGACUACUGGAGCGAGGUCAAGAACAUCCAGGAGGACUGCCAGGGCAGCGGAGAGGAGGCGAUGGAGAGGGCCAGCAUCGACGAGGUCGAGCUGGAGGAGGCGUGGCUUCACGAAGCCGGUCUGUCGACGCUGGUGUCCGGCGCACUGGGGGAGGGUCCCGCCGAGCACCUGCUGUCCACGCUGACGCGCUCGCAGGCGGCCAUGGUGAAGAAGCGGCUGGACAACUACACGCAGACCAUGCGCAAGAGGAACAAGCAGCCCAUGCGCCACGUGCGCGACGUCUUCAACACGCCAGACAGCUCGCCGGUUGACCCACUGCCUCCACCGCUCUCCCCCAGUGGACAGAUCGCUCCCAAACUGCCCCAUCGGACACCUACUAGGGUGCCCUCUUCCCCAGUGUUCCAGUCAGCUGAAGAGACCUGUGUGUCCGAGUUUGACCCGGAGGAGUACAUCUUGUCGUUUGAAGUGCCCUACUCAGACGCCGUGACUGGACAUCACAAAGGCAAAGGUUGCCAAGACUGCCAGAGGAUCAGAAAAGAUGACAAAGACCUGCCUAUGUUUCAGAUUGUCAAGCCCAAGCUGGGCCUCACAAGGGUGUACGACUUGUCGUCGGAGGACAUGAAGAAGAUUGGCUACUUUGCCCUGAUAGAGGUGACCACCUUCUACGACGGCCUUGGCAUCGAGCUGCGGCGGAACCGUGUGGUGCGCAGCAAGACGCGAGAGAGCGGCAUAUUUGGGGUUCCCCUGACGACCCUCCUGGAGAACGACCAGAAGAAGCGGCCCGGUUCCAGGGUUCCUCUGGUGUUCAAAAAGCUGCUGUCUAAGCUGGAGCAGACAGGCCUGCAAACGGAGGGGAUUCUCCGAGUGCCAGGAUCGGCUUCUAGAGUGAAGCAACUGCGUCAGGAGCUGGAGUCGAAGUUUUACGACGAUCGCUUUGACUGGGAGCAGGUGCGGCAGAACGACGCGGCGGGGCUGCUCAAGAUGUUCAUCAGAGAACUCCCCCAACCGCUGCUCACGCUGCAACAUCUGCCUGCUUUCUCCGCCGCCCAGAAUAUCUCCUCUCCCAAGCACCAGAUCCAGGCCCUUCAUCUCCUCAUCAUGCUGCUUCCUGAAGCCAACAGAGACACGCUCAAGGCCCUGCUGGAGUUCCUGAGGAAGGUGGUGGCCAACGAGGAGAAGAACCGCAUGAGCAUGUGGAACGUGGCCAUGAUCGUGGCGCCCAACCUGUUCACGGUGCGGGGCAAGAACGCGCGGCAGGAGGAGAUGGUCGGGGCGGCCGGGGCGGCACACAUGGUGCGGCUGCUCAUCACCCACCAGGACCUGCUGUGGACGGUCCCCUGCUUCCUGAUCUCGCACGUGAGGAAGAUGAGCGAGGCGGCGGCGCAGAAGAAGACGCCCAGCUCCGACAAGAGCAAGAGGAAGCUGCUGAGGAGGCGCCACACCGAGAGGGAGAAGGAGAGGAGCGAGCUCACUGACCUCCGGGAGGGAGUCAUCAGGGUCCAUGCUCCCCAGCACGCCAAGGUCUCCAUGGCGAUACAACUGGACAGCAAGACAAAGGCGCGGGAUGUGAUGGCGCGCUUUGACUAUGAGAACGGGCGGGGGACCCUUAGCACUAACCGGAAACAGAAACAGUUUCUGUUUGAGGUCGGAGGAAACAUAGGGGAGCGUUGCCUGGAUCCCGAGACCCCUCUGCUGAAUGUGUACAGAGCCAACCCACACUGCGAAUGGGUCUUAAAGCAACGGACAACCUGAGCCCAGAACUACGGUGUGCACGAGCGUGCACAAACCCACAAACAACAAGUGUUACACAUGGAGCCCCCUACUGGUCGGCCUCUGUAAUGAACUCAGAUGUGCGGACAGAGGAGGAUUGUUGCUCUGGAUCUGCUGACCACGUCCAGACUGAACUGCGUCUGAAAAACAAAAACAAAAAACAAAAACAAAAAAGAACAACAGCAGAGGUGCGGACUUGACCUGACACUGGUGACCCGCGCCACCUGAAGGAUUCUGGCUUCUUUUGUUUUUUCGUCCCAAGCCUUUUUUAGUGUUGGAGGAAGGAAUUUCCAGCUUAUCUUCGCCAGACAAUAAGAGGGGGGGAAUAAAGGACUAAUCUGGUUUUGGGCACAGUGGCAUUUUCAACACGCGUCGUAUCAGAACCUGACCGACAGAAAGAAAAAAAAAAAAAAACUACAAUGCUGGCCAUUGGGAUUCUUUUGUUUCCGUGCCAACAACGGGCCACAAGGUGCAAUAGCCCACUCCACUAUUUCGUUUACCAAGCAGAGGCCUUGGCAACCAACUAUGUUUACCACUCUUUCACUCCAGAGGCCCAGAGAGGUGUUUUAAGAGAAACAAGAAAAAAAGACAAAUGUACAUACAGUAUGAUAUUUAUACCACUAAUUUAUCCAACCUUUUUUUUUAUCAUCAUCAUUUAUGUACCAUGUUAAACCACCACUUUUGUACUGUUUUUAUGAACUGCAUGUGUGUUCUAACUGAAGUCAUUAGAACCUAUCACACUAGUGUAUUAUGUGUUACGUAUGUGCCGUAUGUAUGUCUGACUGUUUGAAUUUAUAGAAAUGUUUACCUCUGCUGAAAAAAAAUGAAGGAACCUUAUCAUGGCUUAAGAUGGACUUUGGAAUGGGGAAUGAACACACACACACACAUUUAACCUACCUGUGGCUGUGACCACAUAGCAACACUAAACACACACACACACACACACACACACACACACACACUCAAACUGAUACACACACACUCACACACAAACUGAUACACACACACGCACACACGCGCACACGCUGGCACUCACACACACAUGCUGGCACGCACACACACACACACACACACAAACUGAUACACACACACACACACACAAGCACUGAAGAAGACACUGACGGCUUUCUAACUGCCACUGCCCAACAUAACACUAGGAAUCCGGUCUUCACAUUCAAGAGACUUACAAUGGGAGCUGACAAUGUGAUGCAUAUUUGACAUCUUUCCAGCAUUUAUAUAUACAGUAUAUAUAUUAUCAGACUGAUGUCCCUGAACUCUUUACAUGGUGGGCCAGGUGGUUCACGUUCACACGAUGACCUGCUAACAUUGUCCCUCACCUGCCAACAAACUAAAACUCUUUUAGUGUUGUGUAGUAUGGCGCUUUGACCCUUAAUACCUGCAGCAGCUGCAUUGACCAGUAAAAGAUCGCUUACAUCGCUUGCAAAUGCUCAGGAAUGGUAUUGCUGUUAUUUUAUUAUUAUAUUUUCUCUCAAAACAUCAGUGUAGCAAAAACAGACCCUUUUGUAAUGUAAAGGAUGUUGUGUAUAAUGUACUCGAACGUGUGCUCCAAACAGCUGAGGACUUAGUACUAUUUUGUUUUUAUAUCAUCAUAUAUUAUGCCACUGCCAACCAUACUUCUGUUUGCCUUGAAACAACAGCUGCUCUGGGCUCAUGAGAUCAUACAGUAUAUCAUGAACUACAGCAUUAAAUGAAAACAUUGAGAGAGACAAGAACAAUG